AUGAAUGCUUUGUACGCAGGUUUUCACCUGGCUCGCUCGUUGAUUGAACUCGGGCGGUACGCUGAUGCCAAAUCACUCGUGUUGCGGUUCCUGCGCGGAAUCGACCCGGGUGACGACAAGGGCACCUAUCUGCGAAGACUCCACGCGGAGACCGUCUACAAGACCGAAGGCGCGUCCCGCGACGACGUCUUAAAGGCGGCGACGACCCUCGAGGACGUACUAAGCUUGCUGCGGCGACGCUUGGGCGCGGGCCAUCCGGAUACACUGGAGACGCUCGCCGAGCUCGACCGCGCGCGCAUGACGCUCGAGGAUAAGUUUCAACAGUAA